AUGCCUCACCUGGCCAGCACACGUCUCAUUGCGCCUCAUUUCCUUCGCAAUGUCCCGGAUGUUCUGAUCAUUGGGACAGGGACAGCUGGUCUCUCUGCAGUCUUGGCUCUUGGUCGUGCGCGAAGGAGUGCCAUUGUUUUCGGUAUCGACGAUCAUAGAGGCAGACUCCAUGAGACUACAAACCAAGCGAUCUCGAAAUCAAUCCUGGAUGAGACUAUAGCUGAGAUCAAAACCAAGUUCAAAACCAUCAUAUUCAGCCGCGCGACAGCUGCUUCCGUUCGUAAGAAAGGCAUGGUAUUCGAAGCGGAAGACGCGACAGGCCGAUGGUGGAAGGGAAGAAAGGUGAUAUUGGCUAUGGGUAGCUGUGAUGUUCUUCCAGAUAUCCCAGGAUAUGAAGAAGCUUUGGGGAAGAAGAUUUUCGACGUCUCAAAAUGCCUCGAUGUUAGUGAAAGGGCGACUAACGAGGCUGCUGUGUCCAUCACAUCCGACUCUCCAAGUUCGAUCGAGGCAGCAGUGCUGUCGGCUCAUCUCGCCCGCCGAUUCAGUCCCCAUAUAACAUUCUUGGCCAACGAGCUUUCACAUGUUGAGCGCCAUCCGCGAAUUUCAGGGACGAAGAACGGUAGCUUAAGGAUAGAAAACAGGCCCAUCAAAUGA